CGGGUCGAACUGACGUACGCAGAUCUACUUGCCGCUCCCUUUGACAGGGGCUGCUGGUCGUCCUGCACCGCCCCUCUCGUUCAUACCUGUGUGACAAGACACCGGGGGGAGAUCCCGACAACAGAUCAGCGAACAGGUCACGGAGCAGAUACAUCAACAAUGGCAUACAACAGUGAGUCGAGACUGACGUCGGCCGACGUCGGCGUCGUCAUUGGUUACUUCGUCCUUGUUAUCGGUGUGGGCAUCUUUGCGAUGUACCGUGCCAAGAGGAACACAGUCAGUGGCUACUUUCUGGCAGGGAGGUCAAUGUCUUUUCUACCGAUCGGAGCCUCCCUGUUUGUCAGCAACAUUGGCACCGAGCACUUCAUCGGCCUCGCAGGCUCUGGAGCCGGAAAUGGUAUCAGUGUUGGGGCGUGGGAGCUUAACGCCCUGAUGCUUCUACAGCUCCUUGGGUGGAUCUUCGUACCCGUGUAUAUUGCAUGUGGGACCUACACCAUGCCCGAGUAUCUCUCCAAGAGAUUUGGGGGAACCAGGAUGAGAGUGUACUUCGCCUUUCUCUCCCUCAUCCUCUACAUCUUCACGAAAUGCUCUGGGGACCUGUUCACCGGUGCCCUCUUCAUACAGCAGUCUCUCAAGUGGGACCUGUACCUGAGUAUCGUGCUUCUGGUUCUCAUCACAGCUGUCCUCACAAUUACAGGUGGUCUGACGGCUGUAAUCUACACAGACACGCUGCAGGCGAUUCUCAUGCUGACGGGAGCAGUGUAUCUCACUGGAGUAGGGUUUAAUGAGAUCGGUGGCUUUAGUGGACUAUUGGAAAAGUACCCCCAGGCCGUGCCAAGGAACGCCAGCUCCAUCGUCCCCGGGACGACGUGUCACCACCCCGACAAGCAGGCGUUCAGGAUGCUGCGGGAGGUGGACGACGACUACAUGCCGUGGCUCGGAUUCCUGCUCGGACAGACCCCGGGUUCCAUCUGGUACUGGUGCACUGACCAGGUCAUCGUGCAACGUGCACUGGCCGCGAAGAGUGUCUCCCAUGCCCAAGGGGCUACCCUGAUGGCCGGCUUCAUCAAAAUCCUCCCCAUGUUCAUCAUGGUCAUGCCAGGCAUGGUUAGCAGGAUCCUGUAUCCAGACGAGGUAGCCUGCACCAAUCCCGACUUCUGUAUGGAGGUGUGUCAGAGCAAGGCUGGGUGUACAAACAUCGCCUUCCCUCGACUCGUCCUGGGUCUCAUGCCAGACGGUGCCCGCGGCCUCAUGAUGGCGGUGAUGGUGGCAGCUUUAAUGAGUGACCUUGACUCCAUCUUCAACAGCGCUAGUACUCUCUUCACCAUCGACAUAUGGAAGAGGUUCCGACAGAGGGCGUCAGUUACGGAACUCAUGAUAGUCGGGCGGGUGUUUAUCGUGGUGAUGGUGGGCGUGUCUAUCGCGUGGGUCCCUGUCAUCAAAGAGAGCCAGGGUGGCCAGGUGUUCAUCUACAUCCAGGAGAUCACCAACUACAUCGCCCCACCGUUUACAGCAGUCUUCCUGCUUGCCAUCCUCGUACCCAGGGUCAACGAGAAGGGCGCCUUCUGGUCUCUAAUGGUGGCUUUUGUAAUUGGCAUGGUGCGUCUGUUCGUGGUGAUGGUGUACCAGUUUGAAGGGGAGACCUACUGCGGGGCCAAGAACACUGGCUAUCAGCUGCCUGGCAUCGUGAAGAACUUCCACUACAUGUACUUCUCACUCUUCAUCACACUCGUCACCGCAGCCCUCGCCAUCGUCAUCAGCCUCUGCACCGAAAAACCAGACGAUAAAUAUUUAAUUCGAACCACAUACUGGACACGUCAUGAUCCACGGAAACCGGAUGUCCUUGACAUUGAGCUGAGCAGAGGUCAAGGUAAAAAGGCAGAGCAAGUUGAAAAGGCAGGGGUAGACAAUCCGGCUGUAGAGAUGAACGAUGUAGAGGUCAAGGUCGCCGAUGGAGACGAGAAAAAAGUGUUCAGAUCACCGGAUUUGACCGAAACACCGACAGAACAAUCUCCUGGCGUCGGGCGUCGCAUUUUCAACUACCUGUGCGGGGUCGGCAGCAUCGACGAAGAUGAAUCAAAAACCCAAGCAAUGAUGGACCAUCUGGAGGACAUGGCCAGUUUGAAGCAGAACAAGUGGGUUAAAAUCGGGCUGACCGUUGGCCUCUGUACUAUCAUGGGGAUAGGGAUUGCCUUGUACAUAUUCUGGUCACUGUACCAGUUUGACACGCCCCCGUUUUAUCCAGAGGGCGCUGCUUCUCUUCUUCCUGGAGACUAUAAUUCGUCUAUGACAACAAUGAAUGUUACAGUGUAAUAUACACUCGGUUUGACGACAGAUUUCAUAUGUAUAUCUUCGAGUAUCCAGAGAUUUGGGGCACCUGAGGUAUAGAUGCUUCGGCGCCGUCAUUCGCUGUGCACAGUUGCCUCCCCUGGGCCCACCAGAAUACUGUGAUCGUUGGUUUCUUGGUUUGUUGUAAUCGUCUAAGGCCUGCAUCACUUUGGGAUUUCUCCGAAUUCAGCUGACACAGGAAUAUAUAACAGGAAAACUGUUUAAAAAGCGGCGUUUAACGUAACCCUUGUACUCACUCAUUCACUCUCUCGAAACUGACGUCGCCAUUUUUAUUUCUCUCAUUACUCUCGUUCGCUUCCCUUAUGAUUGCAAUUUGAUUCGACUUCUUUUUUUACUUUAAUUAGAAUGUCAAUCCGACUCAGAAACGAAGCUAUUAUAGUCUCAAAUAGGAUCCUUUAUCAAAAUAGAAUGGAAAUAAAAUAUACUGGAGGAUCGAGGGUGUCGUAUUCAUGUUUCAAAUAGUUAUGUGGAAGACCGUUCAUACGGAGAGUUUAUAUUGAUUUUAUUACUGUCGUAUGUGGUGAUGAUUUGGUUGUCGUGGCAUGUAUUUCAUCAUGUACAUUUGUUAACAUCUGGACAUUUGAUGAUUAGUUCUCUUAUCUCAACACGUGGGUACAAUGUUGCCAUGACAACAGCAAAGGUGGCAAUAACCUUCAUGACAUGUAAUAUCACAAAAGAUGUGACACUUGAUGAACUCCCGCACCUGCCAUUGAGCCCUUUAUGAGGUAACAUUUGAGACAAGCAACCAUAGCAUUUCAAAACAUAAUAAGCAGUAAACUUACAAUCAUUAAGCCUAUUACCUUUUCUACAUGGUAUUAUGAAUCCAAUAUAGAAUAUUAAUCCUGAAAACAUUUCUUCUACCCUCUAUCGUUUAACUGUGUUUUGGGGUAUGAAUGAACUACAAGCGAUCGCUUCCUGGCGUCCAGUUUGUUUAUCAACAAGGCGAUUCAAUUCAUCAUCGGAAUAUAUAUAAAACAGCACUACCAAUUAGUCAAAAGAGAACUGAAGAAUGUAAAUAGAAAACUGAAAAGUAAUUUGUUGUUUCAGUGGUUUAACAAAUUUAGGAUUUCGUAUCAAUGUAGUAUAAUAAACUUUUUUAGGUUGAGGAUAUUCUUUCUUGUGCAACUUUUGUAUCAAUACCAAAUGCCCUCCUGAAGAAGGUCACUGAAAUAAAGAGGAAACU